AUGUGAUACAGGCACUUAACUUGUAUCGUUUUGUACGAUCGUUUCAUCCAUCUAGUACUGGAACGCUUAGCAGGUGUUUGAGAUAAAUUAUAAUUAGAAAUACCGAUGAUCUGCGAAGACAGACAUAAAGAAAUCCUUAUUUGCAUUGCUGCCUGUGAAAAUAAACCUCUCUCGCGUAGAUAAAAAGCUAGCAAUCGUCACUUUCCGAAUGGCUACUGUACAAUCUAUCUAGCCAGGACAAUAUGGAAAUAAGGAAAUGACAUUUUCCUGUUUUUGUCAAGUUACUAUUUCUUUCCAUGCCGCCAGUUUUUUUUAUUCCAGUGAUGAAUUAUUUAAAAAUCGUUAAUUUUAUUUCGGUGAUUCUCCUCGCACCGGAGUCACUGGGUUCUCAGCUGCCAAAUUUCAUUCUUCUCUUCGCGGAUGACUUGGGGUUCGGCGAUUUGGGCUCUUACGGACACCCGAGUUCACUUACUCCCAACCUGGACAAAUUAGCUGCCGAGGGGCUUCGUUUUACAGACUUUUACGCUACCAGUCCCGUUUGCAGUCCUUCCAGAGCAGCGCUUCUCACCGGGCGCUACCAGACUCGCUCGGGAGUGUAUCCGGGGGUCUUCUACCCCGGCUCGAGGGGUGGCCUCCCCUUAAACGAGACCACCAUAGCAGAGGUCCUGAAGCCGCUGGGGUAUGCCACGGCCAUUGUUGGCAAAUGGCACCUUGGGGUGGGCCCCGAUAGAAAGUUCCUCCCAACCCGCCAGGGGUUCGACCACUACCUGGGGAUUCCUUACUCUCACGACCAGGGGCCCUGCCAGAACCUGACCUGCUUUCCCCCGGACAUUAAGUGUUUCGGGUUCUGCGACGUUGGCGUGGUGACGGUGCCGCUGGUGGCUAACGAGACCAUCAAGCGGCAGCCAGUCAGCUUCCCCGACCUGGAGACGGCUUACAGCGACUUCGCCACGGCGUUCGUCUCGUCGUCCGCCCGCAGGAACCAGCCCUUCUUCCUCUACUACCCCUCGCAUCACACCCACUACCCCCAGUAUGCAGGAAAGGGGGCCGCGGGGAAGUCCCCCAGGGGUCCGUUUGGGGACGCCCUGAUGGAGUUCGACAACACGGUGGGGAACCUUAUUCAGGCCCUGCAUAAGAACGGCGUCUACAACAACACCUUCGUCUUCUUCACCGCUGACAACGGGCCGGAGCUCAUGCGCAGGGCCCGGGGGGGGAACUCCGGACUGCUGAAGUGCGGGAAGGGGACCACAUAUGACGGGGGCAUGCGGGAGCCUGCGAUCGCGCACUGGCCCGGGAGAAUCAGGCCAGGGGUCACCCAUGAGCUAGCCAGCACCCUGGACAUUUUGCCGACCGUCGCGGCAAUGGCAGGGGCAAAACUACCCAGUGUGCAACUGGACGGGGUUGACAUGAGAGAUAUCUUAUUUAGUCAUGGACUGAGUAAGAGAAAGGCCAUGUUCUACUACCCGACAGACCCCAGCGAGAAGUACGGACUCUUUGCAGUCCGGGUGGGGAAAUAUAAGGCUCACUACUACACCAGAGGGGCUGCUCACAGUGACACGACCCCAGACCAGGACUGUCACAUGGUUGCCUUCCUCAAGCACCACGACCCGCCGCUGCUCUUCGACCUGGAGGCCGACCCCUCCGAGAACUACAACCUGGCCACGCCCGAGCACCCCGAGUCCCAGGCCGUGCUCCAGAUGAUCCAGUCCGCGAAGGCGGAGUUCGAGGCGGGCAUGGUGUUCGGGGAGAGCCAGGUGGGGAAAGGGAUCGACCCCGCCCUGGAGCCCUGCUGCACCCCGGACUGCGCCCCCAAACCCGCCUGCUGUGCCUGCAGCUGAGGCAGCGCUAAGGGUGGCGGCUUCAUCUCACAAGACCAAAAGCCAAAGAUCAAACUGGGCCAGGAACACACUGGGAAGGCCUCAAUCCAAAGAGCAGAGAGAGGCAGAGAGACACACAAACACCUCCUCCAGUAGCGGUUUUUGUAAUGUUAUUUUAACUGACUAAUAAGAUACCCUAACUCACAUCACUUUUCAGUGCCUGCAGGUUAAAAAAGGAAUGCUUGCACACCUGAGCCACAGAUGCAUAGGAGAAGAUGACCACUGGUGUACUACUGAAUAAAAAAGACGCAGCGGCUAGCAGAACGUGGCUCAGUGGACACAGUUCACCCUCCUCUCACCGUGGCAGUGAAAAAGCAUCUAAUUAACCGUGCCUUUCCCGUAUGCUUAUGGGUAAUGUAGUUUUUAUGGUCAUGGACAGGCCCACAACCUGGGAUCAUGAAGUGAACUGAUACAGAAUCUCCAUGGUGUGCAAUUAGGAAAUGCAUUUGCGCCACUGUACCCAGAUUAAUUUCAGAGCAAAGAGUCUGUGACCUGUUUCUGAGGGAAUCUCCUCGGAAGAAUUAAGGCACUUACAGUAGAACGGGUUUUGAUGAACUGUUAUACCCAAGCACAAAAGGGUUUUAACAGAGAAGCCCAGAAAUACUGACCCUGAACAAAAUCCAUAAUGUUUUAAAUCAAAUCAAAUGUAUUUUUGCGUAAUUACAUUGUUGACUUGUUAAAACUGGAUUAAAUAACAGUUUAAGAAACAAAAA